AGCCCGUCCUCAGCAGGUGUACAGUAAGGCGAUGACUACAGAGCAGAGGACCACACUUCACUCACGUGCGGCAAUUGCGCUCAAUAACUGACAACAGAAUCACUGAAGUGGCGGCACCCAUCCCCUUGUGAUCUGGAUCCAACACCGCGUCUUCUACAACAAGUUGCCUUUCAGAAUUUGCUGUGUGUAUGUGUGGUGGUGGCAAUUGCCAAGCGAGAACAACCUGCAAGAUUUCCAGGUCAUUCUUCAUUUUGCGACCAAGGCGACAGACCAGCACUCGACAGAUCGAGUCCUCAGCAACACAGCAACAACUUUAUCAAAGAUGAAGGUCUCGACGAUCUCCAGCUACAGCCUCGUAGCAACAGCGCUACUCGCUACAGCAUCCGCCUAUGAGGCAUCAACUCCGGCGCCAACCAGCACAGAGCCUUACUAUGACGAGGAGCUCGGCUGCUGGCCCAUCAGUGUCGAGCACGAUGCCACUUACUGCAUUGACGGCCCCAUCUGCAGUGGUUCCGGGCAGUACCCGGCCGGCUCACUGUGCCCCGUCAAGGGCGACACAGCCAUCGCCGAUUGCCACUCAUACCUGGCCAGCUACGCGGACGGAGACAAGUGCGUGUUGCCGGUGGACGCCACUUGCCAGGUCAUCCACACCGGUGCCUGGGGCUGCGUCAUUCCCAGCAGCAGCUAUCCGACGCCCGCCCCUACCAAGUACGACAGCCCCACCCCAGCUCCAACCAAGUACGGCAACGGCGGAGAUAAUAGUGGGGACGACGGCCACAACGGUGGCAAUGGCGGUAACGGAGGCAAUGGUGGGUAUGGAGGCAAUGGUGGGCACGGAGGCAAUGGAGGUAACGGUGGAAAUGGCGGCAACGGAGGCAAUGGCGGCAGUAGCAGUGGCGGUGGCGGUGGCGCUGGCAGCGGAUCGUGGGGCAAUGCAACCAUCUCGACGUUGGUGGCAGGAGCGGAGGCGGCUUCGGCUGGUAGUAUUUCGGCGGGUGUGAUCGGUGCGAUCGCUGCGGCGGCCGCGGCUGUGGCAGCUAUUGCAGGCGUAGCUAUCUACCGCCAGCACGCCAAGAAGGUGCACGAGGAGGAAGAGUCGACGACCAUGGUGGACGUCGUGACGCCCUAAGACGGCGAGCAUUUCGACGGCAGCGUCGACGACAACAGCGAGGUUAGCCGCCUCUCAUUGUCUGCUUACGAGACUUUUUGAGAUUUUAGUUUUGGGCUAUCGUUUCCUCAGUAAAAUGCAUCAUCAUUUUUCCGAGAUUUUUGUCAAAAUGCAGUUGCAUUAAUACACAAUUGUCACACGGCGUAAUCAUGCAAAGCUGAAGAUAUACACACUGGU